CCAUUUCACACACGAGUGCGCGCGCACCCAGCUGUUUGUUUUCUCCAUUGAGUUGAGGAAGAAAUAGUGCAACACAGUGAAAAAUAACUGUUUCAUUAUCUCCGUUGUGCUACUUUUUCUUACAGCCGUGUGAGGUUCAAAGUGGAGUGAGAACUGUGUCGGAAUGCAUGUUCUCUCCCUUUGGUUUUCCACCGCGCACGCUGCGGGUGAGGCGCGAUUGCGCAAACUGAGGGAGAGCCGUGGAAAGUCUGUUUCUCACCUUACGUGCAGCGAAGGAGGGGGCGUAAGUGAGACUGCGAGAGGGAAAUCCAUGACUUCCGCGUUUUUCCUCCGUGUCUGAAACUCUGUGCUAAAGUACAGUGGACUAUAAAACGCCAUCAUGGUGCUCAGAGACGUGACAUUCACAUUAGGACGCGGACUGGGCUGUGUGAUAACACGAGGACUAUCUCUGAGGAGGUUUAACCGCAGAUCACCUGGAGUUGAAGCAUUGCAUUCGCUGAAGGAAACAUCUGGACGGCUUGCACAGUUUCCCUGAAGCUCAGGACUGCCAAUUGAUGAUGCACCACCAUAAAGAAAUGGACGUUGAGUCUCUCCGGAAGAGCGGCCGCCGCCGUGGAAGCUGCCUGGACGUUUGUCUCGUCCUGUCAAUCAUGUUUCUGUUUGUGGCGGUGACAGCUGGAGCUGCCGCAGGAGUGAUGGUUGUGAUGGAGCUGCGGUCCAAACUGGAGCGUCCGUCUGUUGUGUUGGAGAUGUCAAAGCUGUCAGGAGAUGUACUUGACCACACGUACAAGAUGCAGAACUUUGUCUACCUGGAAGCCGCCUCAAGCGAGUUGAAAACCUCCACCAUGCACUGGGCUCCGGUCAACUUUGCUGCUCAGAUUUCUGUGGGAAGCAACUACUUGUUUGACGCAGAGCAGCAUUCGCUGAAGGCCCAACGGCCAGGGACCUACUUCAUGUACAUUGGUCUGAACCUCACAUGCACCUACCAAUGCAACGCGGGCCUCCUCAGCGUGCGCGUGAGCGAUAAGCUCAACUGCGAGGUGCAACUUCCGGAAGUGGCAGAUUCAACACCUGUGAACAGAAAGUGCUGGACAGUGAGCCGGCUGGAGGGACAGAAACUGCUCACUCAGAUGACCGUACCGAAGGAGGGACUGGAGAACUGGAGACUGGAGCUGAGCGGCUCAGGAUUUGGGAUGUUCCUCGUGGACUGAUGUGCACACAUGCAGUGCCGCCCGCUGUCAUGAAGAUACAGAUGUUUGUUGACCUUCGGAUCGUAACUUAAGAACAGCACCAGUUUGUGUUUUCUUAAAGUCCAAGUAGAUGAAGAUGGACGGGGGCCGAUGCCGUAUUCAAAGCUAUGACCACAUUUCUUGCAAACUACGACGAUGAAGCUUGGCAGGAAUUUCAGGUGGAAUCUGACGAGAAAUUGCAUUUCUGAUAAUGUAAUUAAUAACAGCAUGUGGAAAAGACUAGACACCCACCUUAUUCUGUAUAAAUGUGCAUACAGUAUGUUACUGUGUAUAUUAUAUAUAUAUUUGAUAAUAUGUAACUAUUUAUGUACAGUACCUAUAUAUAUAUAUAUAUAUAUAUAUAUAUAUAUAUAUAUAUAUUUAUUCAUGGAAAUUUAUUUUGAUGUAGAGAUCACUACAUUAAUGUUGAUGUGCAAUACACUGCAAGUUUAUUCAGCCUACAUUGAGUCAAAUGUGAUUUUAUAGCUCUUUUUUUCAUUUUAUAAAUGUCUGGGGGCAUAAAGUAGAGGCUUACAAAAAUGUGUGAUUAUGAUUCUGCUCCAAAACCCCAACAGGCUCCUUGUGGGAUUCAUUUAGAUUGUGUGUAGUUAAAGUGAAGUCAUUUAAACUCUGUCUCAAUGACGAGUAACGCCCUGCACUUAAAAUAUUUUUUACAGAAACACGGUCCCAUAGAAAUGAUCCUUCUGAAAUUGUGACUAAGAUAUCUUUAAUACGUGGACACAUGAAUUGAAAGAAAAGUUGUGUAUUUGAAAGAUAUGUAAGUCCUAUGGACAAAAUACACAUUGCAUUUGAUUGUAAUCCAUAUUAAACAUUUUGGUGUGAACAGU